AUGCUUGACGACAGAGACCAAUUGGGAGGAAAUUGGAAGUGCAAGGAUUUUUUAGGUGAAAUUCGAAGAUAUUUGUUACCAGUCGAGAAGUUUCAUGCUGAGUCAGACAAGAACUACUCGAAGGCUAUUACAGAUCUCAUUCCCAAUGAGGUGCCAGCUAUAGAGAAGAAGAGAGGGAAGAAGGAUCAAGAAAAGAAGCCUUCCAUUGUUGUUGUGCAAGGCCCAAAACCUGGUAAGCCAACUGAGCUCUCGACGAUGAGGCAGAUACUUCUAAAAUUGAAGCAUAAUAUGCCUCCUCACCUAAAGCCUUCGCCACUGGCACCAGCCGCUGCCCCUGAGGCUGUAGUUGCCGCUGUGGCAGCUGCGCCUGAGGCUAUAGCUGCUGCCUGA